AAAGCUUGCAGUUCGUCUUGUGUGCCAGAUCGUUCAGAACUGCUGAACUCUACCCCUGCUGCUCGUUCGCAAGUAUGGAUUCCUGUUUUCUGAUCGUCGUGUUUGUCUUCGCUUUAAGUUUUUCCAAUGGAGAGAGAACGCUCAAGUUUGUCACUGUGCUCUAUCGUCAUGGCGACAGAUCUCCAAUCAAGGCCUAUCCAACUGAUCCCUACAAGGAGAGUGACUGGCCCCAGGGUUUUGGACAGCUCUCUCAGGAGGGAAUGAAGCAGCACUAUGAACUAGGCCAGUUUUUAAAGAAACGCUACAGAGGAUUCCUGAGUGAGGACUAUGACCGCCAUGAGAUAUUCAUCAGAAGUACAGAUGUUGACCGGACUCUGAUGAGUGCAGAAGCUAACCUGGCUGGCCUGUUCCCACCUAACGGUUCUGAGGUGUUUAAUCCAAAUUUGAAAUGGCAGCCAAUACCUGUUCACACUGUCCCGGCGAAUGAAGAGAAGCUGCUCUCAUUCCCGCUAGAAGACUGUCCACGUUACACACAGCUCAUGAACGAGACUGAAAAAUCUGACAUUUUUAUCAACAUGACUGACACUUACAAGGCAUUUAUAGAAAUGGUGAGAAAUAAAACAGGACUGGAGACAGCCUCAAUUGCGUCUAUUUGGAGUGUUUAUGACACGUUGUUCUGUGAGGCAAAACAUGGGAAGUCACCUCCUUCCUGGGUGACGCCAGAUGUGAUGGAAACGCUGAAGGUGCUGAAGAACUUUGGUUUUCAGAUUUUGUUUGGAGUCUAUAAGAGAAAGGAGAAGUGCAGACUUCAAGGAGGCCUGCUGUUAGAUCAGAUCAUUAAGAAUCUCUCAACCGCUGCAGUUCCAGACUCUAAACAAAAAGUGAAGAUGGUGAUGUACUCAGCUCAUGACACAACAGUUGUAGCUCUCCAGGAAGCCCUGAAUGUCUUUAAUGGCCUGCAGCCGCCUUAUGCCUCGUGUCAUCUAAUUGAACUUCACCAGGACGAUAACGGGUCGUUUUCAGUGGAGAUGUUUUAUCGCAAUGACAGCACUGUGCCCGAGCCGUACGCAGUGUCUUUACCGCGCUGUUCCCAGCGCUGCCCCCUACAGGACUUUGUGAACCUCACACUUGAAGUUAUACCACAAGACUGGAAUAAAGACUGUCAGAUAAAGAAAGAAGCCAAAGACACUGAGGUCAUCAUCGGGCUGGCUGUGUGUGGAUGUCUACUCUUCCUGCUGGUACUACUGCUGUUUCUAGUGCUAUGCCGUCAAAAAGAGCCGACGGCUACCUAUAGUUCAGUCGUAAAUGAGAGCGACUCCUGACAAUCAUAUCAGCUCCUCCGCAAAGAGGAACUGUGGGACAGUGAAGAGGACCUAUGAGGACACAGCAGCAACUGAAACUCUAAGCCAACUGAAAAGACUUUAACUUUGGCCACACAAUUUAUUUUAUUUGGGGAAGACUUGGUGAUAUUUUAUUUCUUGGAACUUCAGUUGUUUCAAGAGCAAAUGGGGAACCAAGAGUUGUGAUGGCGUCAAUAGCAUCAACGAAACAAUGCUUAGCGCACGACUCUGUAACUUUACAAUAGUGACUGGGUGUCAUUUUCUCUGGGCUUUUGUUGUAAUGAGAGAUUGUGCACAAGUGUCACGAGGAGGAUCUGAAAAAGUGGACUAGACUGAAGCUCCCCGAGAGGUGUGUUCUCUCUGAAACACAAGGACUGUGGUUGUCCCCCUGGUCCAUUAGUUCUAGUGUACCUAUGAGUCUAGUGUACUUGAUGCAUUAGCCUAAAGAUUCAGGUGGGGAAAUUAAAGACUACUGGAUGCAUAUUGAGGCCUUAUAAUGCACUCAUGGAAUUUUUCACUCCUUUUUUUAACGUGAUUAUCUCCUGAUUUACAGCCAUAAAGCAGUUUUGAUGAGAACAUUUAAUAAUAACAGCAUUCUGAUAUGAAGAACAGUGCUCUCAGGUUAAGCUCAAAAGAGCCGUAUUGAAGGAAUUUGUUUUAAUCUGGUGUGUAUUUUUUUUUUUUUUUUGUCUUUUAAAGCUGUAGUAUACGAUGUUGAAAAUCGGUCGAGAGAGCCUGAAACGGGAGGGAAGUUUUGAAAAACUCAUCCCGCCUCUCCACACACACCCCUCUCCCCUCUGCUACCUGAUCCCUCCCACAGGGAAACGAAUUGAACAACGUCACUCAAUCAAGUUGUCAUCAUCGGAAUGACACGUUUGAGAUCACGCCAACGCAAGAUUAGCAACACAUGAAAUGUUCUACACUACACCACCACCAUAAGUAUGAUAUCAAUAGUAUUGCUAAGGUUUUGAGUAAUUGUUAUAGCAGCAUACAGCGCAUCUUUUUGAAAUUCCGAUCGGCUCGAACAGAAACCCGCUAGGCAUACUGCAAUAUAUUCAAGCACUUCAAGAAAUAUAUUUACUUUGAACCGUGAUACAGGUGAUGCUAAACAGCUAACAUUCCAAUGCCGACCGGCAGCAUUAGCAAGUUUUCAGACUGAUAAAAAGCUAUUUAUGUAACACGUCACACCAUAUAAGAGUACAAAUAAAUGUUUACCUGCUCAACAAAAAGUCAGCCGUGUCAGCGUCGGUCUUCAGUCCCAGAUCUCGCUGAAGUUUCCUCCAUCGGUCAAUGGUGAACCCUAUAUUUAUCCUACUCAACUUUCGGCGUUCUUCACAUUUUCUUUUCGUCUCUGCAUUUUCCUCAAACGACUUUCUCUUCCGUCCUAACUUUCUUGUAGGGGCAAGCAGGGGACGCUUGCUGAUGUAUUUUUCGUUGUUAUCCAUUGCUGUCUGAUGUGCUACUACCAUGUGCGGUCACCUGCUAACGUGCGCGAUUCUCAUGACGCAGAAGGGGGGCGCGGUCGGGCGUGGUUGGGCGCGGUCGGGGUGGAGACGCGAGCUCCAGGCGGAGUUUCAAGUGUAGCUGGUGAUUGGAUGAGAGCAGAUGACCAAUGUAGCUUUGCGCUCGCAAAGCUUCCAUUGGUCAACUUUUAUGUGGCUUUACAGCCAAUAGAGUGAAUGGAUUUUUUUCGUUCUUUUUUCUAUUUAUAUUGUUAGGAUUAUACUAUAUAACCAUAAACAGCAUCUAAACGAGGAUAUUAACAAUGAACAAUCUUUGAAAUCGUAUACCCUAGCUUUAACAUAAUGAUCGCCUGACUCUAUGAAUGCAAAUAAAAUGUUAAUUCUCUGUUAUCAUUAAUGUUUUCAUACAUAUUCAGUUCCAGGUGUAUCAUACUUAAAACAAGUUAUUGAUAGAUAGACAAACACUCCCAGUAAGAAUAAAACAAAUCAUCACUAUUAAAUGUUAAUAGCAAUCUGUCCAAAUUGUUCUACUGUCUCAAAUCUUUUAAAAUCAAUAUUUUGUUUGUUUUUAAAGAUUGUCUUUCAAUGUGUCAGUGCACAUCUCAAUAUAGAACUGCUGUAUUGACUAGUUGAUGAAAUUGUGAUGCUUUGAGAUGUACUUAACUGAAACAGAUAACAUUUUUUUUUAAAUCCUUUUUAUUUUCAUCAAAUAGACAAAUAAUGUUUGACAGGACAACGGUUUUAAAUGCAUGUCACAUGUAAUAGGUCAUUAACAUCUUGUUAAUAGUCAAAAUGGAGAAGAAAAAUAAAAAAGAUUUCUACCAAUAAUAUAAUCCAAAGUUGACUACUGGUGUAAAAAACAAAUAUACCUCUGUUUUGAAUAUGGGGGUCCCCUCAAUAUCUAUGUUAUUUGAAGACUUGGGGCCUAAUUUAUAAAGACAUGCAUAGAAUGGUCCUAAAUGUGAACAUAUUUCCGAAAUGUUCCCAUGAAUGAUUUAUAAAACGU